AUGCAGAAUUAUAAGGCGGAGGUGGUGCUGAGGAACGCUGACUGUGGGAAGCGAUUCACUGAAUUACCUCGACUGAAGAUACAUCAGCGAGUUCACACCGGAGAGAGGCCAUUCAACUGCUCAGACUGUGGGAAGGGAUUCGCUCAGUCAUCUCAACUGAAGGUACACCAAAGAAUUCACACUGGGGAGAAGCCGUUCACCUGCUCGGACUGUGGCAAGGCAUUCACUUCAUCAGCUCACUUACUGAGACAACAGUCAGUUCACACUGGGGAGAGGCCAUUCACCUGCUCAGACUGUGGGAAAGGAUUCACUUCGUCAUAUAAGUUACUGAAACACCAGUCAGUUCACACCGGAGAGUGGCCGUUCACCUGCUCAGACUGCGGGAAGGGAUUCUCCGAAUUACCUCAACUUAAGGUACAUCAGCGAGUUCACACUGGGGAGAGGCCAUUCACCUGCUCAGACUGUGGGAAGCGAUUCGCUUCGUCAUCCCAUCUGAAGAUACAUCAGCGAGUUCACACUGGAGGGAGGCCAUUCACCUGCUCAGACUGUGGGAAGGGAUUUGCUUCGUCAUCCCAUCUGAAGAUAAAUCAGCGAGUUCACACUGGAGAGAGGCCGUUCACCUGCUCAGUCUGUGGGAAGGGAUUCACUCAGACAUCUCAACUGAAGGCACACCAGGGAGUUCACACCGGAGAGUGGGCAAUCACCUGCUCGGACUGUGGGAAGGGAUUCACUUGCUCAUCCCAUCUGAAGAUACAUCAGCGAGUUCACACUGGGGAGAAGCCGUUCACCUGCUCGGACUGUGGGAAAGGAUUCACUUCGUCAUAUAAGUUACUGAAACACCAGUCAGUUCACACCGGAGAGUGGCCGUUCACCUGCUCAGACUGCGGGAAGGGAUUCUCCGAAUUACCUCAACUUAAGGUACAUCAGCGAGUUCACACUGGGGAGAGGCCAUUCACCUGCUCAGACUGUGGGAAGCGAUUCGCUUCGUCAUCCCAUCUGAAGAUACAUCAGCGAGUUCACACUGGAGGGAGGCCAUUCACCUGCUCAGACUGUGGGAAGGGAUUUGCUUCGUCAUCCCAUCUGAAGAUAAAUCAGCGAGUUCACACUGGAGAGAGGCCGUUCACCUGCUCAGUCUGUGGGAAGGGAUUCACUCAGACAUCUCAACUGAAGGCACACCAGGGAGUUCACACCGGAGAGUGGGCAAUCACCUGCUCGGACUGUGGGAAGGGAUUCACUUGCUCAUCCCAUCUGAAGGUACAUCAGCGAGUUCACACUGGAGAGAAGCCGUUCACCUGCUCAGACUGUGGGAAAGGAUUCGGUCAGUCAUCUCAACUGAAGGCACACCAGGGAGUUCACACCGGAGAGUGGCCAAUCACCUGCUCAGACAGUGGGAAGGGAUUCGCUUCGUCAUCCCAUCUGAAGAUACAUCAGCGAGUUCACACUGGUGAGAGGUCGUUCACCUGCUCAGACUGUGGGAAGGGAUUCAUUUUGUCAUCCCAUCUGAAGAUACAUCAGCGAGUUCACACUGGUGAGAGGCCAUUCACCUGCUCAGACUGUGGGAAGGGUUUCACUUCAUCAUCCCAUCUGAAGAUACAUCAGCGAGUUCACACUGGUGAGGGGCCGUUCACCUGCUCAGACUGUGGGAAAGGAUUCACUCAGUCAUCCAUCCUAAAGGCACACCAGCGACUUCACACUGGGUAGAGACCGAUCUGCUCAGACUUUGGGAAAAGAUUCUCUCAGCCAAAUCAACCAGUGUGCAUCACUGAGUUCACACUGGGGAGAGGCCAUUCACCGGCUGUGAAUGUAGGAAGCGAUUCACUCAGUCAUCUAAUCUUAUGUAGCUCUCAGUUCUGCUGGCAGCUUAACAGAGGGGGUUAUAGCCUGCCCACCCCAGUCUGGCCAAACUGAAGAAUCUCGUUUGGGUGGAUAGUGAGUGAUGUGU